UUCCCUUGCCAGCUGACGACCCAAAGGCAGUUACACUUUGCCUACAUUUUCCUCAUUGCCCAAUUUCUCCCUCCCCCACUACUCACUUGUUCUUCUCCUACUAGGGUUCUCACGUUUCCCACCACCGCUUCUUUCCUUCUGGUUCUUUCUUCCUAGUUGUUACCGUCAAUGGCUUUGGUUGGGAAUUUUUUUUCCUUUUUUUUAUCUUGGUGAGAAGGAGAAAGAAUGGCUGCGCCGGGGGCGUCCUCAGUGGCUGCGAUGGUGACGGACAAGGGGAAGAAAGUGGAGACGGAGACCGAUGCAGCGAGAGGAGUGGAAGCGUACAUUGGAAGUCUAAUCAGCUUGAUUACAAAGUCGGAUAUUCGAUAUGAAGGAUUCUUGUUUCAUCUCAGCCCGCAGGAGUCCAUCAUAGGCUUGAGAAAUGUAAAAUCUUCUGGAACGGAAAGACAAAAGAUGGAUGGUACCCAGGUUGCACCCAGUGACAGACUUUAUGAAUACAUAUACUUCCGAGGGACCGACAUUAAGGAUCUUCAGGUUAUCUCUUUUCCACCUGUUCAGAGUACACCAACUUUACCUGAUGAUCCUGCCAUUAUACAGCCACAUCAUUCUCACCCACCAUCUACAAAUAUCAGUUUGGCUUCUUCAAGUGCCUUGGUAGGUUCAAAUCCUAGUUCCAAUUCUCAUUUGGGAGUUAAUGUUCUGCCACUUGAAGGAAAUACAGCUCCCCGUCGAUCCAUGGAGUUAUCUGACUCUUGGGCUUCAUUAAUUCCUCUUCCACCAGUAAACAUAAAUGGGCCUACCAUGCAAAGUUAUUGGCCUGGAUUUACUGGGUUGCCUGGGGAAAAAUCUCAUCUUCAGCAGAUAACUUAUCCGCCGCAACCCCAAGGUUUAUUGUUACCAAAUUCAAUUCAGCAGCAAUUGCCACAUCCGAGUGUGAACGCAUCCUUCCCCGGGAAUGCAUUAAAUUUCAUUGAACUUCCGCAGAACUUGUUGCCACCUGCUUGUUUUGGUUCUGUGAAUUUAAUAUCUACAUCGCCACUGCCUUCAACUGUGCAAUAUAGCCAUAUACCUCUUUCUACAUUGUUUUCCAAUCUAUCCUCCACACCAAUGUCAAGUAACAUUUCCAAUGCCCUUCCUACAGAUCAACCCCUUUCGAUGGAAGUGGUUGAUUCUGGCUCUGAAAAAGAGCCUUCGUUGGUAAUCGCUUCCAAUGUGAACUCUGCUGUACCUCCAUGUAACAACCAAGCUCAGUCCUUGCUUGGCCCUGCUCCAUUUCCAUUGAUAUCCAAAUUCACAUCAAGUUUUGUGGGUUCAUCCACCACUCCUCAUGUGAGGGGAUCAAAUGUAUCUCCUGCAAUCCCAGGUUCAUUUUGGGAGCGAAGGCCAGUAAAUGCAUCGUCUCCUCACAAUUGUACAGAUGGGAACAGUAAUUUAGGAUCACCAUCCAACCAUCAGCCAUCAGAUUCGCAGAAUAUUGAAGAACUAGCAACAGAACUGCCAAAAUCACCAGCUCGAAAGCUGUAUGAUCCUGCAUCAUCAUCUCACCAUGGUAGCCAGCACCAUGGACAGGUUCGAGGACGGGGUCGAGGAGAUUUGAUUUAUGGAGAUAUGCAUCUCCGGUACCAGAGUAAUAGAGAUCGUAUGCUUGGAAGGGGUCGAGGAAAUUUGCCAAAUAGAGCUUUUUCACACAAUUAUCAGACCUGUAGAGGUCAUCCAGUUGGAAGAGGAAAUCCGCUGAUUGGCACUGCUUCAUACCGUCACCAGGCUCCUAGAGGCCAGGGAAGAGCGAAUGCGCCAAAUGCUGCUGGACCAUAUUAUCGCCGCCAUGGUGGGAGUCCUGCAUGGGGAAGCAGUGAGGCUGACGCCAACUUUACUGAGGAUUUUGACUUUGAGGCAAUGAAUGCCAAAUUUAAUAAAAAGGAGAUCUGGGGUCUUCUUGAUAAAGCCAAGCAAGGUGGAUCAGAAGAUAACAAAGAAGAUGAAAUAGGGCGUAAAGGAAAAGAAGCAGUAGAUGAAUCUAGAAAUGGACUGCCGAAGCUAGACAAUAAGCUAGACUGUCACUUCCUUUUCCAGAGCGCUUACUGUAAGGAUGACUUCUUUGAUUCACUUUCAUGCCCUACCCUGGAUGGUGAGUCUUACAGAGGGAAGGUUUCAGAGCUUAGAAAGACAGAUGACGAGAAAAUUGGCGAGAUUCUGCAACAUCGAAGGGAUCAUGGCAUUCAGGGGCCAUAUAGGGGAGGGAAUUCACAGGGUUCCUACCGUGGUAGGGGGUAUUACAAUGCAGGAAGAGGCCGUGUGAAAGCAGCUUGGAGCCGUGCAACUUAAAUAAGCUAGCUUGCUCUGUUUGUGGGUUGUAGAAGCAGCAUGCCCUUAGUAUUUUGUGUUGUAUUGAAACUCAUCAAAUUUGUACAGUGAUGUUUGUAUUGUCAUGAAUGUUAGCAAGGGCAGGUUUUGCUCUUAGGUAGCUGGGUCAGAACCAUGCCCAAAACUUUGUUGUGAACAAUAUGUAUGAUAACUAAAGGGCAGGUAAGACUCAGGAACAAUAAAACAGAACUGCCUGUUGUUAUUUAGACCUAUAGGAACAAAUGAAAGGGCUGCUGAUCUGUGUAAUAUAUUUAGUCAUAUAAGUUUGACAAUUUUAGGUGAAGUAAAGAACGUCUGUUUGAACUUGAUGAUGUUCAAACACGUCAAAUUGCUUUUA